AUCAUCGGUUCGGUCGCUUCGCCUUCCUCGUUUCCUCCGCGCCGCACCGCACCGCACCGUCCCUUUCUUCCCCCAAAUCCGAUCCGCGCUAAACCAGCGUCCCUUCCCUUCCCACCAUGUCCCCCGCCGCCCGCCGCGGCAAUCCGUCCAGGUCCGCCUCCGCCAUCGUGGCCGACACGGCCACCGGGUACCACCUCCUCAAGGUCGAUGGCUACUCCCUCACCAAGGCCACCCCCACCGGCUCGUCCCUCACUUCCACCCAGUUCACCGUCGGCGGCCACCGCUGGCGCAUCAAAUACUACCCCAACGGGGACUCCGCCGACUCCGCAGACUACAUAUCGAUCUACCUCUUGCUAGAUGAAAAGGCCAGCUUAGAUUUGAAGGUGGAGGCCAAGUACCUGAUUAGUUUCGCUGACCAGGUGAAGACGCAACCUUCGCUGAAAUACAGGACAGUAAGAACUUUUCAUCGUCAGGGUUCUUGGACUUGGGGCUAUGGGAAGUUCAUCAAAAGGGAAGAUUUUGAGAAGUCCGACCAUCUCAGGGACGACUCUUUCACCAUCCGGUGCGACAUUCUCGUCGUCCACAAGAUCCACACCAAGGAGACGGCGGAGAUCUUACCUGUCGAAACAUUUGUAUCUGUGCCGCCAUCCGACAUGAACCAGCAGUUCGGCGACCUGCUGGAGACCGAGAAGGGCGCGGAUGUGGUGUUAGAGGUCGGCGGCCAGACGUUCGCCGCGCACCGGUGCGUGCUCGCGGCGCGGUCGCCGGUCUUCAGAGCGGAGCUCUACGGCUUGAUGAAGGAAGGCGACACUGCUGGAGUCGUGUGCAUUGAAGAAAUGGAGGCGCAAGUGUUCAAGGUGUUGCUCCGCUUUCUGUACACUGACUCGUUGCCGGAGAUGAAGGAGGAGGAAGACGUCAUGUGCCAGCAUCUGCUCGUCGCGGCGGACCGGUACAACCUGGAGAGGCUCAAGCUGAUCUGCGAGGAGAAGCUGUGCAAGUACAUUAGCGUGGGCACGGUAUCUAACAUCCUGGCGCUGGCUGAUCAGCACCACUGUGACGGGCUGAAGAAAGCGUGCUUCAAUUUUCUUGGGUCACCGGCGAACCUGAGUGCUGUCGUCGCCGGUGAUGGCUUCAAGCAUCUUUCCAAGAUUUGCCCCUCUCUUAUGGAAGAGCUGGUUGUCGUACUGGCACUUCCAGGUUCCAGCUAGUCAUGCUUAGUGACCUCUAGUGUUCAUGUGUUAUUGCAAUGGCUAAUGGUAGAUUUUUGGUUUCUGAAUCUGAACCUUUGUCAUCAGGUAGUUGGCUACUGUUCUUUUAUGCAGGCAUGCAGCUGAACUCCCUGUGUUUAGGCCUUUUAUCAUGUAUAUAUGAAAUUAUGACUACAUCAUCUAUCCUAAGCAGAAAUUAGAAAGUACUUCCACUUCA